UAUAUUUUAUUUUAUAGCUCAGAAAACAACACAAUAAACCUGAGUAGAAAACCUCACAAUGCCUCAUAAAAUACUUAUUUUUAUACAUUUCUGAUGUCAAACAAAUACUUAUCAGUUAGCCAGAUAACAAUCAAACUCAGGUAAAACAAUACAUAAUCUUGACAUUCGGUGAUAAACUUAUCACUAAAUUAUGUCACUAUAAAACCAAAAUCUUAUUUGCGCGCAAGUCGUCAUAGUUAUCGGUCGUAAUGGCAGCCAAAGUGGCCAUAGUCACUGGUUCCAAUAAAGGUAUAGGCUUCGGUAUUGUGAGGGGUCUGUGCAAAAGGUUCCAAGGACACGUGUAUCUCACAUCCAGAAACGAGCAGAGAGGAAAAACAGCGGUAAGAAAACUUAAAGAAGAAAGUCUUUACCCAAACUAUCAUAAGUUGGAUGUCACUAAAAAAGAGAGCUUGGAACUGUUCAGUGACCAUAUCAAAAAACAAUAUGGCGGUAUAGAUGUUUUAAUUAAUAACGCGGGUAUAGCGUUUAGAAAGGACUCUACAAUGCCAGCGAUAGUCCAAGCGGAACGGACGUUAUUCGUCAAUUAUUUCUCUCUACUAUCCACUUGUGAAAUCCUAUUUCCUUUACUAAGGAAUGGAGCUAGAGUUAUCAAUGUUUCUAGUAACUUGGGACAUUUGUCGCAAAUACCCAGUUCAACUUUGAGGAAUAAGUUGAAAGAUAAGGAUUUGAGGGUAGAUGAGUUGAGUGAGCUGAUGACUCAGUAUGUGGAUGCGACCCGCCAGGGGGCGCAGCUUUUGAAGUGGGGGAAGUCUUCGUAUGCGGUGUCUAAAGUUGGGGUGGUGGCAUUGACGAGGAUACAACAGAGGAUGUUGAAUGAUAGAGAUAUUAAAGUGAACGCCGUUCACCCGGGCUACGUGGCGACGGACAUGACAGCGCACUCGGGCCCGCUCACCGUCGACGAGGGCGCGCAACCAGCGUUGUAUCUAGCCCUGGACGCUCCGGACUCGGUGCGCGGCGAGUACGUGUGGAGCGACAACACCCUCGUGGACUGGGAAGCGAGUGAAAUGCCGAAGCAUGUUAAAAAGGAUACAGCUUGAAAGUACAUUUUAG